AUGUGCAAAGUUGAAGACAGAGAAUCACAAGUUCCCCCUUCAUCCUUCUACCAUUCUCCUCUUGACCCAUCUCUUGCAAGUACCCAUUUCCUGGUUUCUAAAGAUAGCCUUUUGCCUACUAUUAACAUUACUCCACCUGAAGGUAUAAUUCCAUUUGGUGGAUUAGCAGUUCUUAAUAUCUCCUGCACGCCAACAUCGGCAGAAAAAUUCGACACAAGAGCAAGGGUUACCAUUCAUCAUGCAAAUACUAUAGACCUUAGGAUUGGUGGAUCUAUUCAGAUUGCUGAUAUUGAAAUUGAACCAAAUGAAUUUAAAUUCUGUGGCGCAUAUAUUGGAACCACGCAGAUUAUUCCAUUUGUAAUAAAAAACAUUGGUAUAACACUUGCUAAAGUGGAGUUUAAUCUACAAGAAUUUCAAUGUUUUUCAAUUAUUGCUACGGACAACAUAGAGAAGCCUGGAUUAUACAGAGCCGACAUUCCUAUGUGUUUAAAUGAUUGCUUGUUUUACUAUCGUUUAAUAUGUCUGCAUGGAGAGAUAAAAUCACCUAAGCUAUGUUUUGAACCACCAUUUAUAUUUUUUACUCCUGUUCCAUUGGAUGUACCAAGUGGAAUAGAUAUCAACAUUUUACCUCAAAACUAUUUUAGAAAUUCAACAGUACAUUUCCAGGUUCCUACAGCCAAGCUUCUUGAUGAUGAUGAAAUUCAACCAUUUUCUGUGACAUUUCCAAAAGGCAGUACCAUCACGGGGUCUGAUACUGGAAUUAAUGGGAAAAUACCUUGCCACCUCAGUUUCAAAUCGUCUAAAGCUGUGUCAUUUUUCACUCAUCUUGUAUUUUCUGAUGAGAGAAAUAACUGGUUUUCACUUCCAGUCGCUGCAACAGCUGAAAAUUGCAUUCUAACUAUCUAUCCCUAUCUGGCUGCUCAUAUCGAUAAGCAGCAAGUUAUUUUAAAAGAUGAAAAGGAUGCAAGUCACCAAAGGGCAAGAAGCAGCUUUAUGAUUCCCUACCGAGACUAUAAACUAUACUCUUCGGGUUCAAUAAGGACGUCCAUUGCUCCUAAAUAUAGUGAGGCUGAAAUAACGAGGGGAAAUCUUUUUGUUGGUAUGGAGAUAACACAUGAACAUAUGAGACCGAAUGUAGGUGAUCGAAUGAGGAAAACAUAUGAAAGAUCAGUGGCAGCCGAAGAGAAAAAUGAACAAUUCUUUCUACCUGAGGAAGGAUCAAAGGCGCAUGCAUUUUUCCAGAAGAUUGUGCAUGCAGCCCAAAAUUGGUUCAGUCUCUUCGGCUGGCCAGGAGGACCUCAUUUGAUAAAGAUUCCAGAGACUGUUAGAAGGGAUGUUCAAAAAAUGCGAAGCUAUUCAAUGAAGACCCCUAAGAAAUACAACAAACAGGAUGAUUUCUUUAAAUAUAAUAAGACUGUUUAUGAUAUGAUCUACCACCUGAGUGGAAGAAUGCCACCUGGAAUUAAUAUAAGCCAAUCUUUACCAUCGGAUGAUACUGAAAGAGUGAUUCAGCUUCAUAAGCAACACUCUUCACUCCUGAGCUUCAUAACCAAAAAGUUAGAUGAAAGAUCUUCCCCUGAUUCCAAGGUUCUGCGUUCCUCUACACCCAUGGAGAAAUAUUCUGUAACUAUAGAUAUGAAAAAGUUUGAAGGCUGGAGUAAAUGGGCAUGGACAGAUGUUUUCCUGCAGACAUACAAGGUGCUUGUGCUAUCACGUAUUGAACCUCAUUAUACCAAUUCUGCACCUCACAUACAUAAACAAAACUCACCAAAAAUAAAUCCUUGUUUUGGAUCCAGCAACAUGUAUUCUAAUUCUGAGAGGAUUUUACUCAGUUGGUUGAAUACCAAUUAUGAGAAUGUCCGACAUAUUAUAUGGAAAAAAUCUCAGAAAGGAUUUGUUCCUGGUGAAAGAUGGAUAAUAAAUUUUGAUGUAGACCUUACAGAUGGGCUUGUUUUUGCAACUUUGUUGGGAUCUUAUUGCCCAUUUUUGAUUGAACCUUAUUUUGUACAUAUGUAUACACAACCAGUACGUGCUGAACAUUAUCUACACAAUUGCCUAAUUAUUGUGAACAGUCUUCGGGAAAUUAACUUCGACUUGAACAUACAGGCCACCGAUAUUUGUGAUCCAAAUCCCAUUUUGAUGCUAAUGCUUUGUGUUUACAUGUAUGAAAGGCUCCCUGCAUUUCUCCCCAAGAGGGUGGUACCCUUUCUUUGUACUCUAUAUGACACUGCAGUAGGCCAGGAACUUCAAUGCUGUAAAACUCCCUGUUAUGAAUGGAAAGAGAUCAUCCUGAAUGUGAAAAAUCACUUCCCCAUUGGUGGAGACUUUAGAAUAACUCUGGUAGAAUCCACAACUCUUAUCCAUUUGCCGUCACAAUUAACUGAUCCUGGACGAAUAAUUAAGCAUAGUGGUUGUAUGAGUGGCAAUGCAUAUGAUAUCCAUAGGGGCUAUUCCCAUUCUGGAAAUGGCUUCAAAACCUCUAUUAACUCCACUUAUAUACGAGAAUUCUUCUGCUCAUAUAAUAGCGUACAUUUGGAAGGGAAAGGAUCUUCAACCUUUGAGCUAUACUACGUUCCCUUUAACAUGCACAUACGUUACUGCGCUAUCAUCUUAAGUAAUAAAGAGAUUGGAGAAUUAAUAUACCUUGUAGAAGGAAAAGGUUUGAUCCCCUUGCCAUCCAGUUUUCUUCCAAUGAAACCACCUGGUCCUAUUGAUUACAGUAGUUCUCCAGAUGAAGGUAUAUACACAUAAUAUGCUGAGAGUAAUAUUCUGUAUUUGAAAUGUAAAUCCAAUGAAGUCCUAGAUGUGAACCUUAAAUUACCACUGACAAAUGAAGCUAAGGAAAGGGCUUUGGCUUUUGCAGCAAGACAGCAGAUGUCUACUCUUGAAUACGAACGAAGAGUGAUCACAGGCACGCUACAAAGCAGUAGUGUCCGUGUAGCCAUCGCCCUCUUAGGACUGACCAAAGUUGAGUGUCUUAUGCUCUUCAAUUUGUCAAAGCUGAAGAAGCCUAAGGCUAUUCCGUAUUUAGCACAACUAAGCCUUCCAGAAUAUUUUCAUGUUCCUAGGAUUAUCUUCAUACCACAGAUCCCAGAAAUACAACCUAAAAAGCUUUCCUUUGCUAAGGCAUCAGAUGGAUCUGUUUUAAUACCCCUAAGAUUUGCACCUCUUUCUUUUGGACGCUACCCUUGUAAAAUGUUGUUGACCUCCAAGUACGAUAUACGCCUCUAUAACUUUGAAGGUGUGGUAAAUAAAGAAGAAGCAGAGAAUGAAUUUGUGUUUGAGACACCAGCAUUUCAAGCACUUACUCAAGAUAUUCCAAUACAUAAUACAACAAAUAAUGAAUGGAGAUUUCAAGCUAUGAUAGAGGGCAAAUGGUUUUGUGGACCUGCUAUUUUACAUGUGAACCCAGGUGAAACUGUGCCAUAUCCUCUCACAUUCAAACCUAUUAUGGAAUGUGAUGUGAUGGGUAAACUUACUCUACAAAAUGAAAUUGAUGGUUUGGCAUACACAUUUGAUGUAAAUGGAAUUGGUAGAAGACCCCUGGCCUUAGAACACAUUACUAUUGAAUGCCAAGUAGGGACAAUAACAAGUAGAACCAUACUAGUGCCCAAUUCUACAAGAAGUCUCCUAACAUUUAAGGUAUUUUCAGAUCUGCAAAUGGUGUGUGGAAAAUCACACAUCUCUGUAGAACCUGAUAAUUCAUUUCCAUACCUUUUAAAAGUGAGUCCUCAAAAACGUGGAGAAUUCAAAGGUGCAAUUACGUUUUGUGUUCAGAGCAGAGAUGAAAUUAGUUCUCAGGAUGACACUAGUGAUGAACUAACCCCAUCAGAGGACUCUCACAUUAUUUUUGAAGAAGAAACAGAUGAAAAUUAUACAAACUUUAAAAUCUGGUAUGAUAUUGUGAUCCAUUGCUCUCCUGGACCACCAAGAGAUAUUAUUGAAGUGCAUUGCUCUGCUUUGGAAACAGCUUGUAUUGAAAUACCUCUUUCUAAUUCGACAACCAAGUUUAUUCGACUGAAUGUGCAGUUAACAGAUCCUGCUCUUAAUGGUUACUCAGAAUUUACAAUUAAGCCAUUAGAAUGUAUUAACUAUAUUGUGCGAUAUUCUCCAGCAACCAUAGGUUACAAGGAAGAGAGAUGCAGUAUGUUCAUUGAUUGCAACAUACAAUAUUGUUAA